AUGAAACUUCUACAUUUAUUUAUUGAAAUAAUUUUAAUUAAAUUAUUAUCACCAUUUUGGUGGGGUUGCUGUGGUGGAUGUUCAAGUUGUGGUGGGAUGGCUUAUCAACCAACUAUUAGCUAUUUAAAUUUUCCAAUUUAUCAAAGAAUACCUAAUCAAGAAAUUCCAGAUGAACCACAAAAUCCACUUGUAAUAUUACAUAGAAAAACAAUAAUUAAAGAAGUACCAUAUGAUGAUGAAUCUGAAGAAGAAAGACCACGUUAUAUUUAUAGAGCAAGAAAAAUUAGACCACAAUAUGAAAGUGAAUAUGAACCAGAAAGAUAUAUUCCUGAAAAACCAGUAGAAAAAAUUGUAUAUGUUCAACAACCACCACCAAAUUAUAAUAUAUAUACAACACCACAACCACCUAUGUAUAUACCACAAGGAGGAAAUAUAAAUAUGGGACAAUCAGAGAUACCAUAUAAUUCACAACAAUAUCAACAAAAUGUACCUCAAACUUCAUAUCAACAACCUCAAUUACAACAAUCAUAUCAAAAUUCUCCCCAACCAAUUAUGCAGACUGGAAAUCAACAACAAUAUAGAAAAAAAUAUUCUUCGUAA